AAACGUUGCAAAAACUAAACAGGCAAAUAUGAAAACGUGGUUUGUGUAUCUGCUCCACAAGAGUAAGAGAAGUUGACUCGUUAACAGUAGUAGAUUUGUUGAAAAUUAGUUGUUUAAAGUCAAGUGUGUUCAGCUUACUGUAUAAAGCGUCUGUGUUAUUUUAAUCAUGGCACUUUACGUGAAAGCGGCAGAGAUUCUUGAGAAAGUGGAGCAGAAAAAGGGUGCAGUGAAAACUCUGGUUUAUGAGAGUAAAUUCCAAAAUAUCAAGCAGCUCUUUGCCCUUGUGUGUGAGACACAGAAAUACUCUUCAGUUCUGCUGGAGAUCAUCAAUAGCACCAAGCUCCUGAAAGAAACAAAACUGAGGAUCCAUGUAGCUAAGGUGCUGGUGUAUGACCUGCUCAUCGGUCAUGGGGUCAAAUGUGGAGGUACCUGGAAGACGAUGAUGCUGAAGCAUCGCUCCAGACUACAAGCUGCCCUGGCAAGAAUCAAAAUUAAGAGAAAAGUCAGUCGAAAUCAAGACCUGCUGCCCUCCAGUUUCCAGCAGACUCAGGAUGAUGUGAUUCCUCGCUAUGUGAGAGUGAACACGCUCAAAACCACUCUUGAGGAUGUCAUUGACUAUUUAAAACGAGAGGGAUUUUCAUAUCAAGGAAUGGCAAGUGGGCUCGAGGAUCUCGAUCGUCUCACUGGGAAGACAUUUCUGUGUGAUCUUCAUCUCCAAGAUCUUCUAGUUUUCAGUGCAAAAACGGUCUUUCAUGAUCACUUCCUUUACAAAGCAGGACACAUUAUAUUGCAGGACAAGGCCAGCUGUCUUCCUGCUUUCCUCCUAAACCCUCAGGUUGGCAGCCACGUCAUUGAUGCUUGUGCUGCUCCAGGGAACAAAACCAGCCAUCUAGCUGCCAUAAUGAAAAAUAAAGGGAAAUUGUUUGCAUUUGAUCUUGAUGCAAAACGUCUGUCCACCAUGAGCACUCUUCUCCUUCGUGCCGGGGUCACAUGUCAUCAGCUGGCCAAUCAGGAUUUUCUGAAAGUAGAUCCACAGAGCUCAGUGUACAAGGAAGUCAAGUAUAUCCUUCUGGACCCCUCCUGCAGUGGAUCAGGGAUGGUUUGUCUGCGGGAUGAGGUCUCAGAGCCACAGGAUGAGGGGCGUCUGCAGGCGCUGGCUACAUUUCAGCUGCGCUGUCUCAACCACGCGCUGCAGUUCCCUCAGGUACAGCGUGUCGUCUAUUCCACCUGCUCCAUUCACUCACAGGAGAACGAGGAGGUUGUGUCGGCUGGCUUACAGCAGAAUCCUGCAUUCAGGCUAGUUAAUCUUCUUCCAAACUGGCCAGAGAGGGGUCAUGAGCCUUUCACCGAGUGCCUUCGUGCCAGCACAGCAAAAACACGCACUCAUGGCUUCUUUGUGGCUAUGCUGGAGAGACGCCCCCCACAGAAGGAUCAACAGAACCUAGUCAUCACAACACUGCAGUCUGGUGGUGAGGAAAAGCAGGACACACAUCAAUCUGAUCCAUCUGAAGAGGAACAAGAGAACAUGGAGACCGCAGAAGAACAAUCAACAAAUCCAGUCUCAAAGAAGAAAAGGAGGAGGAACAGAAAGAAGCAGAAAAAGCAAGAAUCCUGAAGUUCUAGAGGACUUGAAAAUCAUGUCUCCUCUGCUGUAUUCCCACUGAAAAACUGACUCCUGCUUUUAUUAAACUGUGAGGAAUGAUA